UAUAACAACAGUAACAAGUCGUCCCAAACAAAGUUUGAUAUUUUUAUAUGAGUAUUUCUAGUUAUUUACACGUUUAAUCAAUGUUAUAGUAUAUUUUAUAUGAAAUAAAACUUAAGUGUUAUAGUUACAUUUAAAAAUAAUUGUUGAUAGAAUAAGUGUUUCUUGUGUUACCUAUUUAAUAAACGUAAUGUCGCUAUCAAGUGAUUCUUCGCAAAGUACUUCCGCUGUUUCUACAUUAAGCGACGUUAGUGCUCUAUUCCAGUCUCCUAAGAAGUAUGAAGAGUUGAAUAUAAUAGGAACAGGUGCAUAUGGCACAGUAUAUAAGGCAAGGGACCUCCACAAUGGAGGGCAGGUGGUGGCGAUGAAGAAGGUGAAGGUCCCAAUCACUGAGGACGGGAUACCACUGUCCACGCUGCGUGAGAUAGCCCUACUACGGCAGUUGGAGGCUUAUAGACAUCCCAAUAUUGUGAGGUUGCUGGACGUCUGCCACGGUGGACCAUCAGUUGAUCGGGACCAGCAGUUGGUUCUGUUCCUGGUCUUUGAACACGUCGAGCAAGAUCUCGAGUCAUUCCUCAAGCGAGCACCAAGUCCAUUAUCCGAGCAUAGGAUACAGAGCAUGUCCAGAGAUAUCCUGUCAGGCAUCGACUUCCUGCACUCGCAUCGCAUCGUACACAGAGACCUGAAGCCGCACAACUUGCUCGUCACAUCUGCAGGCCGCGUGAAGCUGGCUGAUUUCGGACUAGCCAAGACGUACGAUUGUGAGAUGAAACUCACGAGUGUUGUGGUGACUCUAUGGUACCGUCCGCCAGAAGUGCUGUUAGGUGCGGCGUACAAUACAGCGGUGGAUGUGUGGUCAGCUGGGCUAGUUCUAGCUCAACUUCGGACCAGAGCUCCUCUACUCCCAGGCGCAUCUGAUUCAGACCAGCUCCACUGCAUCUUCAGACUGUUGGGCCGACCGUCCCGCGAGGAGUGGCCGUCCACUGCGGCCGUGAUGAGGGACAGCUUCCCGGAUUACCCGCCACGCAACCUCGCAAACCAGCUGCCGGGGACACCACCACUCGCACUAGACCUCAUACAGGGUAUGCUGAUCUUCGAUCCUGCUAAACGGCUGACGGCUUUGGACUGCUUGGAGCACCCUUACUUCACCGAAGAGCUGAUCGUUUAAUUUAGACUUUAUUGUAACACUUUUAUGGAUGAUAAUAGAAUGGUGCACCAGCCUGCGCUAACGGUAUACGCUGGCGGGGCACCAGUGGAGGAUGAUAGUAGGUGGAUGGUAGAUAAGUGGUGAGCUAUUGAGAUCUACUCAUUUAUAUCUU